AGUCUUACCCUAAUGUAAGAUGGUGGCCCGUCUGGCUGUGGAACCCACCGAAAGCUGAGAGUCUCUCUCUCUCUCUCUCUCUCUCUCUUAGCCGUAAAGGUCGGACUCAGUGAAGCAGUCAGGCCCGGUUUUGAAGAGUUUUUUUCGCCGACUCUGGUUCACUGGUCUCCUGUGAGGACGCGGCUGCGCGUGGAGUCGGCUUAGGGAAAAGCGAGGCAAGACAGGCGGGUCUUCAGAGUUCUACAUUUUAGCUCUCAGUGCUGAAUUUCCUUCUCCCUUAAAUUAUUAUAAACUUUGCUGCUGUCUAACAAGCGUGAAGAUGUCUCGCAGUCCUGAUGCAAAGGAAGACCCUGUGGAAUGCCCUCUUUGUAUGGAGCCCUUAGAGAUAGACGAUAUUAACUUUUUCCCUUGCACCUGUGGCUACCAGAUAUGCCGAUUUUGUUGGCAUCGAAUUCGCACUGAUGAGAAUGGGCUUUGUCCUGCGUGUAGAAAGCCAUAUCCAGAAGACCCAGCAGUUUAUAAACCACUCUCACAGGAAGAAUUGCAAAGGAUAAAGAAUGAGAAAAAACAGAAACAAAAUGAGAGAAAACAAAAAAUUUCAGAAAAUCGAAAACAUUUGGCUAGUGUACGUGUGGUACAAAAAAACCUCGUCUUUGUUGUAGGUCUGUCUCAGCGCCUAGCAGACCCAGAAGUUUUAAAACGACCAGAGUAUUUUGGGAAGUUUGGUAAAAUACAUAAAGUUGUCAUCAAUAAUAGCACAUCAUAUGCAGGCUCACAGGGUCCGAGUGCCAGUGCUUAUGUAACCUAUAUCCGGUCAGAAGAUGCUCUCAGAGCAAUACAGUGUGUCAACAAUGUGGUAGUAGACGGCAGGACACUUAAGGCAUCUCUAGGGACAACAAAAUACUGCAGUUACUUCUUAAAGAAUAUGCAGUGCCCAAAGCCUGACUGCAUGUAUCUGCAUGAAUUGGGAGAUGAGGCAGCCAGCUUCACAAAAGAGGAAAUGCAGGCGGGUAAACACCAAGAGUAUGAACAGAAGCUACUGCAAGAAUUAUAUAAAUUAAAUCCCAAUUUUCUUCAGCUAUCUACGGGUUCAGUUGAUAAGAAUAAGAACAAAGUGACACCAUUGCAGAGGUAUGAUACCCCCAUUGACAAACCUUCAGAUUCUCUCAGUAUAGGGAAUGGUGAUAAUUCCCAACAGAUAUCUAACAGUGAUACGCCUUCACCGCCACCUGGUUUAUCCAAAUCCAAUCCUGUCAUCCCCAUCAGUUCAUCCAAUCACAGUGCACGGUCUCCUUUUGAAGGGGCAGUAACAGAGUCACAGUCGUUAUUCUCAGACAAUUUUCGCCACCCCAACCCUAUACCUAGUGGGCUUCCUCCUUUUCCCAGCUCUCCACAGACACCCAGUGAUUGGCCUACAGCUCCAGAACCACAGAGCCUCUUCACGUCAGAAACAAUCCCAGUAUCAUCAUCUACAGACUGGCAAGCAGCGUUUGGCUUUGGUUCUUCUAAACAGCCAGAAGAUGACUUGGGGUUUGAUCCCUUUGAUGUCACUCGAAAAGCCUUAGCAGACCUAAUUGAGAAGGAACUGUCUGUCCAAGAUCAACCUUCCCUGUCUCCCACAUCUCUUCAGAACUCCUCCUCACACACUACAACCGCCAAAGGUCCAGGCUCUGGAUUCCUGCAUUCUGCUGCACCUACAAAUGCCAACUCUCUUAAUAGUACCUUUUCAGUCUUGCCACAGAGGUUCCCUCAAUUUCAGCAGCACCGAGCAGUUUAUAAUUCGUUUGGUUUUCCAGGCCAGGGAGCCCGCUAUCCUUGGAUGGCCUUUCCACGCAAUAGCAUCAUGCACUUGAACCACACAGCAAACCCCACCUCAAAUAGUAAUUUCUUGGACUUGAAUCUCCCGCCACAGCACAACACAGGUCUGGGAGGGAUCCCCAUAGCAGGGGAAGAAGAGGUGAAGGUUUCGACCAUGCCACUGUCAGCCUCUUCCCAUUCAUUACAACAAGGACAGCAGCCUACAAGUCUCCACACUACUGUGGCCUGACAACAGAACUGAAAGGAGAGGAUUAGACUCUGGGGUGCUUGCAUGGGCAACUGGAUUUUUGCAUGAUUUCUUUCUGAUUUUGCAUUUAAUGUAUACACCCAAAAGAGCCAAUAUAAACGUUCCUCAUGCCUACAACUAGCGUGUACCUCAUAGUUGCUAAAGUAUUUCUUCAUUAGGCCUUUAACAUAAUUUAAUAGCAUAAUAAUUUUGACAUUGUUUCUCAUGAGUGAUACUAUUUUUAACUCAUACAAAUAAACUUACAGUACUAAUUAAGAUCCCAGAGGAGAUUAGCUAGACCUGUUCUUAUUCUAUUAUUGGAAAUAAUACAAAAGUAAUGGUAGUUCUUUGUUUUUUGGUUUGUGAAAAAAAAUGGUAAUAUUCUAAUCUACUCCUGAAAAUCUUGAAACAUUAAGAUAAUGUUUAUUGCAUUCUUUGAGUCUUUGAAAAGAAAGAAUACAUAUAAAGCAAAUCUGGUGGUGUCUACAAUGCUCAGAAAGAUGUUGUCAGCCAUUGUUUUUAGUUGCCUAGAUUUAUAUCAUAUAUUAUGCAUUACAUGUAUACAAACUGUUUUGUUCUUCAUUUGCACAUUUGCACUUUUCUUUUUGGAUGGUUGUUAAUUCUACAUAGAUGGUUAAAAGGUAAUUAUUAUGGCCUAAAUGCAAUAUAAUCUCUUUUCUCAUGCACUGCCUAGUAUACCAGGAAAUGCCUCAAAAACAGAUUUUCAACUUGUAGUUGACUUAUUAGAAACUUGAACAUGGGGUAAACAUUGUAUGUAAGUAGUAGCCAUAGCAGUGUAACAUUUUUAUUGAGCAAACAGUAGUUCUAGGUCUGUUUGGAAAUGUCAUUGUUAAAUAACUGACAUGUGAUGAAAGUACCUGGCCAGAAUAAAGCUUACAGUAGAGGAGAGAAGUUGGGUGUCCUAUAAAAUGAGACCAUAGAAGUUGUAAUAGAUGACCUUAGAUAAUCAAAGAACAAUGGACUGAGUACUUUAUAAAGGCAUAAUGUAAAGUGAUGUUUUUGAUAAUGCAAAGCUUCUUGAAAUAGUCUCAAAAAUGAUAAUAAAAAAUAAACUGAACUUAGUUCUGUGCAGUGGAUAAAAGCUAAUUUAAAAAAUAAUCACCAUAAAUGCCUCUGGGGAGAAAAAGAAAAACCUCUUGAGAGUUAAAAAAAAAAAAGUUUAAAAAGUAUGCCUUAAUUUGUUUUUUAAAAAGAAAAAGUAUUGUGAAUACCAAAAAUAAAUCAAACUAUUAUGUUAAAUCUAAACAUUUAACAUAAUAAUAAUAAAACAUCUUAUUUGAAGAUGUUGCUAAUGUUAUAUAGCAUUGGCAGUUUGGGGGUUACUUUUCAAUAUUAAAUAUGGUGACUUCCUGUUAUAUAUAACAAAAUAAAUGACUUCAUCCUGAGGUAUAGUGGAGUAAGGUGAAAAUUUAUUUUUAGUUUUUUUUUAAUUGGUUGAGGUCAUAGAAUUGACCAAUUCUCUACUCAUCUAAUUUGUGUUUUUAAGAGUUCAGCAUAAAUAUUAAUUUCUAGCUUACAUUUAAAAGUAAAUUUAUAGCAACAUUAUAAGAAAGCUACUGUCUUAGAAAAUACCAGUAUAUUACUGUAUGCCUAUUAAGCAUCAGCUUUUAAACAUACCUUAAUUCAAUUAUGACUUUUCUAUGUAUGCUGUGGGGUUGGAAAUCUGGCUCCUGGUAAUGAUGCUUUCUAUCUUAGCUUUCUCUAACUUUCAUGUGAGCCUUCCAUUGGCUCUGUUUCCUUAUAAGGCCACAGAGGGUGACUGGCUGUCUUCACUCACUUCUUUGUGUUGUGAGGGGUGCUGCUGAACAGAGCUGCUUUCCUUAGCUUUCUCUGUUCUUUUUCAUUUGAAAUUUGUCCAGAAAAUUUGUCCAAAGUUUUCCCAGACUUGCCCAUAGUCCCUGAUAAGUGUCCGAGACUGUCUCCUCCCUGCCUACUCUCUCCCCAUUUUCCUCCAACAUAGCUGUGAAAUCAGGAAAUGCUUCCUGGGCAAUUAAAAUUCAGCAUUAUAGCUUAUGUUAAAAACUUACUUUAAAUUGUUUUCUGUUUUUUUUUAAAAAAUUUCUAGAUCUUA